GCCUGGGGAAAGUCCGGGCAGAACCCGAGCGGCGGCCAGACCACCCUGGUCCUCAUAAUACACCUACUUCCCCAGCCACCCGGCAUGAGCCACGGGAAGAGAACCGACAUGCUCCCAGAGAUCGCCGCCGCCGUGGGCUUCCUCUCCAGUCUCCUGAGGACGCGGGGCUGUGUGAGCGAGCAGAGACUCAAGGUGUUCAGCAGGGCGCUCCAGGACGCACUGACCGAUCAUUACAAACACCACUGGUUUCCAGAGAAACCAUCCAAAGGCUCCGGCUAUCGCUGCAUCCGCAUCAACCACAAGAUGGACCCCAUCAUUAGCAAGGUGGCCAGCCAGAUUGGACUCAGCCAGCCCCAGCUACACCGGCUGCUGCCCAGUGAGCUGACCCUGUGGGUUGAUCCCUAUGAGGUGUCCUACCGCAUUGGAGAGGAUGGUUCCAUCUGUGUCCUGUAUGAGGAGGCCCCGGUGGCUGCCUCCUAUGGGCUCCUCACUUGCAAGAAGCAAAUGAUGUUGGGCAGGAGCAGCCCCUCAAAGAACUAUGUGAUGGCUGUCUCUAGCUAGAGGAGCCACCCUACCCCGGCACUCUACUGUACUCAAGCUGCCGUGACAACAGGCCACCGUAUACCUCAACCUGGGGAACUGUAUUUUUAAAUGAAGAGCUAUUUAUACAUGCUAUUUUUUU